AUGGCAGAGCACCCUCGUUCACCAUCCUCAGACUUCUACCACAUUCUUGGAAUCUCAAAAGGUGCUUCCAUUCUAGAUGUGAGCAAGGCUUACAAAUCACUCGCUAGGAAAUGGCAUCCAGAUAAGAAUCCCUUCAACGCAAGCGAAGCAAAAGCCAAGUUUACAGCCAUUAAUGAAGCCUACAAGGCCAUUAAUGGGAAGAAGCAACAAGAGAAAUCUAUGAAUAGUGAGGAGCCAACAACAUCGGAGGGUUCUCACAGUCACCGCCACAGCCUUGAUGAUGGCUUCCCUUCACGUCGUUCAUUUCUUUCCAAGAGUUCAAGUAGGAGGAGCUCCACGCCCACGCCAUUAAUGAGAAGUAUGAGCCGCAGGAGCACCCCUUCUUCCCCGAUUACAGAUCAUGAUCAUUUUCCCGAUUCCUUCUCAAAAACUACGAGUACCAGAAGAAGCACAACCCCGAGCCCAACAACAAUGGCACCCACCACUGCCACCGACUUCUCAGCCCCCAAGUCUUUAUCGAAGAGUGCGAGUCGGAGAGUAGGCGCCACCCCUAUAGUGUUUUCUCAAUCGACAGCGCCGAAGAAACCACAACCUAUCGAGAAAAAACUCGAGUGCACGCUUGAGGAGUUGUGCCACGGUUGCGUCAAGAAGAUAAAGAUCACCAGAGAUGUCAUGACAAACACAGGGACAAUUGCUCGAGAAGAGGAGAUACUAAUUAUAAAAGUGAAGCCAGGAUGGAAGAAAGGAACGAAGAUUACAUUCGAAGGGAAGGGUGAUGAGAAACCAGGUAGCCUCCCAGCGGAUAUAACCUUCUUGAUUGAUGAAAAGAGACACCCUUUGUUCAAGAGGGAAGGGGAUGAUUUGGAGCUGGGAGUUGAGAUUCCUUUAGUAAAAGCUCUCACUGGUUGCAUUAUUUCAGUCCCUUUGUUAGGAGGGGAGAGGAUGAGUCUUGCAUUUGAUGAUAUUAUAUAUCCAGGGUAUGAAAAGAUUAUACAGGGGCAAGGCAUGCCUAAGUCCAAAGAGAGAGCAGGAGUGAGAGGAGACCUUAGACUCAAAUUCCUUGUCAAUUUUCCCAUGGAUUUGAGUGAUGAUCAACGCUCUGAUAUUUGUAGCAUUCUCCAAGAUUCAUCUAGUUAGUUUAUACUUUUCAAAUUUGUAUACCUUUUUCAAUUUGUAACAUAUUUUUCCACAUUUUCUAAUACUCAAAUCUUGUAAC